AGGGAUUCGGGCUUGACCGCAACAGUCACCUCUGCCAAGCCGCACCCCCAACCGCGAAGGGGCGUUGCUGAUCGGGAUCAGGGCCCUGGAUUCCCAUUCACCCCUCGAACGGCGACGGAUCUAGAUGGCACUCAAUACAGGCAAGAUUGUGCUCCGGACAGGAAACUUCUUCCUCCAUUUAAAUCGCCCUCAUGCGCCUAGACUCUUUUCGACAUCGACUUGCAGAGCGGCAACAGCACAGUCGAGCUUCAGGAUCAGGAGCACAGGGUCGCGGCACGCUUUAUCCACGAGCUCCCGCAUUCUUCAGGAAACACCCUCUAUUCCUAAAGAAACUAUCGACGCCAGAAAGCAAACGGAAAAUGGCCCUGAUGAUAAUGAGGCCCCAAGAGAGCUGCCCCUGUCGCCCUAUGGCGGACGAUUCGGAGUACCUGAGCAACCCAAAAGCACCAAAUCCAUCGCGCUUGCGCAGGCAAACUCGAAGCGGUCUCCAUUCGCAAAGGCUAAAGACGAGAUAAAGAGCAAGGUUAACGACUGGACGGACAAGGAAAAGAAUCUGGAAACGCGGAAAGAAUUAUUGUACGAUUUCCAGUCAGGCUACUUUAAAGAGUUUAGCGAGCUCUCAAGGGCGGGAUCAAAGCUUUGGAAAGGAACAGCUAACAUGAUUAGUGCCGACAAAGCACUGUAUAUGCCUAACAUCAUUGGUACUUCACUCAAAACGUCAGAGCCUGUGGAGCUAGUCGACAUCUUGCGUGGAAAGAUCAGCGUGGUGGCGAUUUCAGGGACACGCUUUGGCGAAGAGCAGAUCGAGACGUUCAUGACCCCAUUCUUGAAGAGAUGGCCUAUGGGGACAAGGAACUCUAAGAUCCAGCUUGUCGAGCUCAAUAUUCAGGAGAACCCUUUAAAGGCCGGGUUAGUGCGGAUGAUGGUACCCUUCGUCAGAAAAACUAUUCCAGAGGAGCGACAUGCAAACUACAUACUGCACUACAAAUCCAUUAAGCAUCUGAAGGACUCGCUGAGCAUGCAGAAUUCCUAUCUGGGAUAUAUCUUCUUGGUCGACAACAACUGCAAGAUCCGAUGGGGUGCCCAGGGAAAAGCGCUCGACGCGGAGCUUCAGACGCUCCUCGACAGUGUGCAGCGACUCUCCGAGCGCGCAGAACGAUAGACGGACUGCUCUUGCACACAUGUACCUGUAGACAAGAAUAAAUGCACGCGCGUAAUUGGACAGCACAUGGACUACUGACGACAAAUUUCGCACGAAUCGCGUAUUUGUGGUGGAU